GAGGGGCCGGGCCGAGCCCAGCCGCCUUUGUUAGCCCGGGCGGGCGCGGCCCCGGCUGUUCUCGGGCUAGGCUUCCCCGAGUGGCGUUCGCUUCCUGGGUCGUGGUCGAGAUGUCCUACAUCCCUGGCCAGCCGGUCACCGCCGUGGUGCAAAGAGUUGAAAUUCACAAGCUGCGACAAGGUGAGAACUUAAUCCUUGGCUUCAGCAUCGGAGGUGGGAUCGACCAGGAUCCCUCCCAGAAUCCCUUCUCAGAAGAUAAGACAGACAAGGGCAUUUAUGUCACACGGGUAUCUGAAGGAGGUCCUGCGGAAAUUGCUGGGCUGCAGAUUGGAGACAAGAUCAUGCAGGUUAAUGGCUGGGACAUGACCAUGGUGACACAUGACCAGGCCCGGAAGCGUCUCACCAAGCGCUCAGAAGAAGUGGUGCGUCUGCUGGUGACAAGGCAGUCGCUGCAGAAGGCCGUGCAGCAGUCCAUGUUGUCCUAGCAGUUAGCCCUGACUCAUGUCGCCUAUUUGUAUAGUGACAUCACUACCAUGCUCUGCCUACUUCCUGGCUUCUGUAUGCUGGACCUCAGCUCAGAAGGUGACAGCUGAUCCCCAGGCUAAGGUGGACUGCCUUCCCCUCUCACCCCAAGUCUGAGCCCUGGGAGCAGCAAUUUCCCUUGGACGCUGAGGCUUGGAAACCAGGGCCUGAAGCUGAGUGGUUGUGCAUCUGCAGUGAUCGAUUCAGCCCUCAGCCCUGCUGUGCCCAGGUGAACAGGAAACACCUGAGAGUUGCCAAAGCUGGGAAAUGCCAGGUGGGGCCACUUCUGUUUGCUAGGUUGAAGUGAAUGAGAUGGGCGGGUCUGUUUCCCUCCUCUCCUCCCACGGGUGCUGGCCUCCCGAGGGUUUGUCUGCUUAAAGGAUUUAGAUGAGUUCCAGAGCUAACAUUUCUGGGCAGCUCUCAGGAUUACAUUUUUUUUUCCUCUUCACCUGUGGGUUUAACUUUUGUAUUUUUAAAAUCAUAACUUUGAUACGAAGUGUUUUUAUCUUACUGUUUGGAAAAUGUCAAUUCCACUUUUGAAUUUAGCUUACUAAUUCACAUCUGGGAGCAACUCCUCUUAGCACACCAACAAGCCUUAAUUUGGUUAAAGUGGAAAUGGGGCGGUAUGAUGAUAUCCCACACUUGACAUCCUGUGCUGAAUAAACGAUGAAAUUCACGAGGGGUCUUCA